AAAUGCCUAGAAUAGGCAAAAGCCUGGAAUUGGGAAGUGGCUUUUAUUGCCUGAUUUGUAUCAUGAAAUCUUAAAUUAGGAGUUAAUGCACCUCUCUGAAGUCAAUUUCAGAAAUUUAUUCAUGGCAAGAGCCAACCCUACCAUCAAGGACAAUGAGGACCGUACCCCAAUCCACUUAGCAGCCGAACGAGGGCACACAGCUACGGUGGAGUUUCUCGCUGAAAAGUUCAAGGCGAAUGUCUACGACCGAGCUCGAGAUGGGAGUACCUUGAUGCAUUUAGCGGCUCUCCAUGGUCACUCAGACACAGCUAUGGUGCUUUUUAAAAAGGGAGUUCCUCUUCUAAUGCCAAAUAGGUAUGGAGCCAGAGGGAUCCACACGGCAGCAAUGCAUGGGCACGUCAGCGUGAUCUCGACAUUGAUUCAAAAAGGCGAAGAUGUGGAUUGUACAACCAAUGAUAAUUACACGGCCUUACAUCUGGCCGUCGAGGCGGGCAAGGCUACGGUUGUGGAGGCGCUUUUGGGUCAAGGGGCCAAGGUUCAUAUUCGAGGCGGGAAAUCCGGCGAAACUGCUUUGCAUAUUGCUUCUCGGAUUGACGAAGUUCGUGGGGAGAAAUGUACUCGGAUGCUUCUCAAGUCAGGAGCGGAUCCGAACAUGACCAUGUCGAAUGGUAGGACGGCCUUACACGUAGCUGCAGAAAAUGGAACCAUGGUGAACAUCAAGUUCUUGCUCCAAAACGGGUCUGAUGUCAUGCUAAUGGACGGUGAGGGAGAGACAGCUCUACAUAAAGCUGCCAAAACUUGCCAUCAGCCCACAGUGAAGGAGAUCCUGCUCUUCAUCUCUCAAGCUUUGGGCGAUUGCAGUGAUUUUGUUCAAAAGCAGAACAAACUGGGAGAAACUGCACUUCACCACGCCUGUCGCAUCGUCAAAGGGAACCUUCAUUUCAAAAACGAAGACGUCAUCUUGAUCAGAACCUUAAUGGAAUUCAAAUCGAAUCCCACCAUUCAGACUUUCAACACCAAGGAGUCUGUCUUACACUAUAUUGCUGCGGCCGGCAACGCCGACAUUCUCGAGGAACUCCUUAAACACAUGCACGCGGGUCAAAUUCAAUUGGCAGUUAACCAGCAGACCGCCACCGGAUGGUCACCUCUUUGCAUGUCUUCUGCCAAAGGCCACAUUAAUGUUACUCACCUGCUUCUGGAGAACAAUGCUCGAGUUGACGUUUUUGACCACGAAGGCAAGUCCUCUCUUCACCUGGCGGCUGAAGUUGGAAGCACCGAUUGUUGCCAACUUCUUGUUCGGAAAAAUGCAUUUGUCAAUAGUCGUACCAAAAACGGCUGGACUGCCAUUCAUUUUGGAGCUCUAAAGGGCCACAUUGACCUCGUUAAGGUUAUGGUGAAAAAAUAUGACGCCACAGUGGAUGCAGUCACGAUGAAAAAGCAGACUCCGUUACAUUUGGCAGCGUUAUCGGGUAAACUGGAAAUGUGCCGUUUGCUCCUUGAUUUGGAUGCGAGUAUGGAUAGUGCAGAUGAAAUGGGUCAGAAGCCCAUUCACAUGGCUGCUACGUCGGAUAAACCGGAGGUUAUUCUUCUCUUCUUGAAAGCACGACCUUCAUUGGUAUCUUCCGCCACCAAAGACGGCAGCACAUGCGCUCAUAUUGCAGCCAAAAGAGGCUCGGCCUUGGUUAUAAAAGAGCUCAUGAAAUUUGACAAAUCCGUUGUUUUGUCCUCGAAGAAUAAAAUUACCGACUCGGCACCAAUCCACAUUGCCAGUGAAGGUGGUCAUAGGGAAGUGGUAAAGAUCCUACUUCAAGCCGGAGCAGCGGUGGAUGAGGAAAAUAAGUCCGGUUUCACACCAGUUCAUAUUGCGGCUAAAUUUGGACACACCGAGUUGAUUGAGGAAUUUGCCGAGAACGGGGUCACUAUGAGAGAUCCGAGUCGAAAAAAUGGAAUGACCGCAUUGCAUAUUGCCGCAUUUUUUGGAGAAUCUGAAACAACUAGAGAAUUGCUGACUCACAUUCCAGCUCAAGCCAAGUCAAACUUCCCUGUUUUGGUCAAUUUGAGCUUGGCCAGGGAGAUCGCUACCGAAUGUGACUUGACCCCAUUGCAUUUGGCAAGCUUCACUGGAGCUGAGAAUGUGGUUCGUAUCUUGCUCAAUUACGCUGGAGUCAACGUGGAAUGUCAAAGUUCACCUUCAGGCUACAUUCCCCUUCAUUUGGCUUGCAUCAGCGGCCAUGUGGGAGUAGUGGGUUUGUUGCUCAGCAGAACUACUGCCCUUUUGAAGAGUGUGGACACAUCUGGACGGACUUGCUUACACGUUGCCGCUAGAAGCGGUCAUUACGAAAUGGUUCAAGUUUUAAUCGGCCAAGGUGCUGAUCCUGAUAUUGAAGAUAAGCAGGGUUGGUUGGCUUUGCACCAUGCUGCCUUCUCUGGGUUUCUGGAUGUGGUUCAGUUGUUGGUUGAUAGCGGAAGUUCUUGUACGGCGGAGACAUACGAAAAGAAAAUUCCCCUGUGGUAUGCGGCGAAACAAGGCAACUUCAAUGUGAUUCAAUACCUUCUCCGCCAGGAUCAUAACACGGAAUCGUUGUUAUCAGAUCGAAAAUUCGUCUUCAACGUGAUGGUGGUUGGGAAAACAAACAAGUACAAGUCCAUUGAGGAUUUUGUUUUCGUGUCCCCUGCUCCUUGUUACACUGCAGCCACUUUAUCUGCCAUGUAUCGUGAUAUGGCCCUGAGGGAAAAGGACAGGGCAGCUGAUUUAAUGGACAUUGGAGACGUGUGCGAGGAAUUGGCUAAAGAUCUCAUUGGCAUUGCUGCCAAUUUGGAGAAUCCGGGACGAAUUCUGAACUCAUUGGAUCAACACGACCGGAAUUUCAUCGAUACCUUGAUCGACAAUGAGCAGAAAGUGGCUAUAUCUCAGUAUGUGGUACAACAGUACCUUCAAGAGAUUUGGGAAGGCCACUUGGACAUGAAAGCCUGGCAAUUCAUUCUUUCGUUUAUGGUGUUUUUAUUCGUACCUCCGGUUUGGUUUUUCUUUUCCUUACCCUUAGCCAAAGGCUACAACAAAGUGCCGGUAGUGAAAUUCAUGUCCUAUCUCACCUCGCAUCUUUAUUUUAUGGCCUUCCUCACUUUGACGUCGGUGGUUCCACCUGAUCCAACUCCUCGAGAAAGUCUUCUACCACUUUGGUAUGAGAUGGCAGUUUGGAUCUGGUAUUUAGGAUUGCUACUUGAUCGAGUCACUAACCCUGGCACCAAAGGUGGUUUGUCUCCUGUCAAAUACUUGCUGGUACUUUUAGGCAUCAUAGCCGCUAUUACCCACGGCACUGGGUUCUUCAUGGAUCCAUAUUACUGGUCUCUGAUCGUCUACGUCCGCAAUCUAUUUUUCGCAGCAACGCUGCUCUUCGCUACUGUACUGAUCUUAGACUUCUUGUCUUUUCAUCACCUAUUUGGACCUUGGGCCAUCAUUAUUGGCGAACUGCUCAUGGAUGUGGGGAAGUUCGUGGUGGUCUUGAGUCUGUUUAUCGUAGGAUACUCAUUCUUUGUGGCCGCUAUGAACACUCCUUUUGGAUUUCCGGAUGACUUUCCCGAUGACACCAAUCGAACGUUGACGGAAAAAAUUGCGGCCAAUUCAGAUAUCACCCAUCCAAUUCUUAUGUUUGAGCUAUUGUUCUUUGCUAAUUUUGGCUUAAACAAUGCCGACGCCCUGAGUGUGUCCUCCUUGAUCCAACCUUGGACCAGGUUCGCUUUUAAGGUUGUAUUCGCCUCAUAUCUGUUACUGACGGUGGUGGUCCUGAUCAAUCUCUUGAUUGCUAUGAUGAGUGACACUUAUCAACGGAUUCAACAGCAAUCUGAUAUCGAGUGGAAGUUUGGCUUGGCUAAGUUGACCAGGAACAUGCAGAGAACUCAAGUGGCCCCCUCGCCACUUAACAUUCUUACCACAUGGAUGGUUCUCAUGCACUCAUGGUGCAUUCGAGGACGAAAUGAGAAAAAACUGGCGCGAAAGAAGUUUCGUCAGGCUAUGAAGGACGAGAUCAUGAACAAGGCUCCUGGAAUGAAGUUCGUUCUGGAUGUGAGCGAUGAGAAGCGGAAGCUUACCCCAAGGGUAAUCCAUGCCUUAGGCAACAUCAAAUGGGGAUUCACGGAUGGAAUCAAACCAGUUCCGGUAGAUGUCAUACAAUCCCGAUGGGACAAAGAACACGCACAUUCCAAGGGAGGAGCAAAUUCCAUGGAGGAAAUGGAGGAAUUUGCACUCACUAGCCGGGCAGUGAAUUGGGCUCAAGUGAUUCGACGUUAUCUCAGUCUGAAUGGGAGAGAAGGCGAGUUGAAAGACGCCCGGGAAGAGGAAGUGGACGUGAGAUCCGUGAUGAAAAGUCUUGUGGACAUUCGUAAUGACGGAGUUCAACAGGGUGCCCGCGCUCAGGCGAUGAAAUGGACGAAAAUCCCGGCAGAGGCGAAGAAACAAGUGUUGGAGAAAUGGGAGGAGAAAGCUAGAGUCUAAUACAAGGAUGAUUAGCUUUGUCAUAACUAAUUCCAACUAAAUUUGUUCUUCACCGAAUAAGUUGUAAAAAUAAGAUUCAUAGUACAAGAAUGUAGGAGUUUAACUUCGUACUCGUUUCCCUGGUAAUGCUGCC